CCGGAUCCUGAGGCUAGAACGCGAAGCUGGCGAUAUUGCAACUAUAGUGAAUGGCUAGCGAGACUGAUGAUGCCUGAAUGCUCCAUCCAUGCACUUCUCGGCGGAGGUCUUCUCCGCGUUCGCAAAGGAGUAACGGUACGAGUAACUGCGAUUUGGUUUGCGAUGCAGAUUGUCAAUGGAAGUCUGACGAGGCGGAGAUGUCCGUGACGAAUGGUCACGGUUAUCCUGCAGUGGGGUAGGGGAACCAUCCCAACGUGACGUGAGUGACGCACCUGGUAAUCCCAACUGCCAGGUCCCUCUAUAUUGCUCGCACUUCGCGAGUCUGCUCACCAACCAAACAUGCCUGGCGAGACCGAACUCACGACGCCCGUCAAGCUUACCAAGGAGGACGGCUCGUUCAAUCGCGCCGCCCACGGCUGGGCGCGGCAGCCUAUCGUCGAUACCGCUGCGAUCGAUGGCAGUGUACUGAAUGGCAAGAACCGCCGGUGGGAGUACUGGUGCGUGCUCACGCCGACGCACAUCCUGGCCUUCUCCAUCGCCGACAUCGACUACUUCGCGCCUGCCAGUGUGUGGAUCUUCGACCGCAAGCAGAACAAGGCAGUCGUCAACUACGCGAGUGUCGGGCCGAUCGGGAGUGUCAAGCUGUCCCCGAACGUCGAGGACGGCCCGCAUAGCGCGCGGCACUCGAACCCGGACGGAGAGCUCGCUGUGGACAUCGAGCACUUGCCCAACGGGACACGCAUCCGCGCGUCCGUCCCCGGAGGGAGCUUCGAUGUAAUCGCCUCCAUGCCGCCGAGUCACGAGCGCACGGCCGUCGUCGUUCCUUGGUCCGACGACCUGUUCCAGUACACCCUUAAGGACAUCUCGCGGCCCGCCACGGGCUCCGUCACGAUCGGUGGCGAGACGUUCCCCGUCCCUGAGGGCUCGUGGGCGAUGCUAGACCACGGCCGAGGCCGUUGGCCCUCCAAAGUCCACUGGAAUUGGGGCGCCGGGUCAGGCAGGCUCGCGGACGGCCGCGUGAUGGGUCUCCAGGUCGGAGACAAGUGGACAGACGGAACGGGGUCGACGGAGAACUCGUUCCUCCUCGGCACACGCGUCUACAAGAUCAGCGACAAGUUGACCUGGAAGUACGACGUUGACAACUGGAUGGACACGUGGCAUAUAUCGGGCGGCGGCCUCGACGCGACGCUCACACCGUUCUACAACAAGGCAUCAUCUGUUGAUACCGAGCAGGUGAAGAGCCGGACGGACCAGUGCUUUGGUGUUUGGAAGGGCAGAUUUGAUACUGGGGAGGAGAUGGUCGAGUUCGAGGACAUCGUGGGGUUUGCGGAGGAUGUCACGAAGACGUGGUAGGAUGGAGCGUUAGCUCUGUUAGAGUGGGAGCGUGCUGUAGAAAGGCUAUGGAAUUCCUGAGCAAGAACAGCGAAAGGUGGAGCAGAGCACUUUAUAUACCCCCG